ACAAAAACCCUUCGGACCAAACCCCAGUCAGUCCGUCACUCUCGGAUUUAUAUAUCGUACAUAGCAAAAGCUUCGAUAAAAACAAUUAGAAAGCAAGCAAUCAAUCAAUCAUGUCCAUCACCCCAAGCACCCGGAAAACCACCUAUUUCCACGACCCUUUCGCCCUCGACCGGUGGGACCCUUUCGCCCUCGACCGGUGGGACCCGUUUCCACAAUUCCACCACCUCGGAGCGCCUUUCAGCCCCCCGGGGCCGCCACGCCCUCACCGCACGUCCGAGACAGCCGCAUCGACGCUCACGACCGCGAGGGUCGAAUGGACUCGAACCCCGACAGCCCAUGUCUUCAAGCUCGACCUCCCGGGGGUCAAGAGAGAGGAGGUGACGAUUGACUUGGAGGACGGUAGGGUGCUUAAGAUCACCAGCGAGAAGCGCCACGAGAAGGAGGACCGGAGCGAUUGGUGGCACCGUGUGGAGCGCAGCGAGGGCCGAUUCGUGAUGUCCUUCGUGUUGCCCGAGAAUUGCAAGCCUCACGAGUCGGAGGCAUCCAUGGAGAAUGGGGUGCUCACGAUCAAGGUCCCGAAGCUCGAGUUGCGGAACGGGCGGGGAGGGUCGGUUCGCAUCGCCGUCCGCUAGGACGACCGCAAGUUUGAUGAAUUUAGUGAGGACACUUCUUUAGCAGUCCCAUAAGUGCUCACUAUAAUACUUAUGUUGCCGCGAAUAGCUGAAUAAAUUGUCGGUUGCCCUAAAACUAAGAUUACGUAAAGCAUAUGUAAUGAUAAAUCUAAUCUUAUGAAAGUGAAUACGUAUAUGGAUCUAUACAUGAAUAUGGUUUGCCA